AUGUGGCGGAGGGGCUUCAGCAGCGCAAGCGCCUUGCGCGAGUUGAAGGACAGGAAAUGGGACGCGCUGGUGAUCGGGGGAGGCCACAACGGUUUGACGGCGGCAGCUUAUUUGGCUCGAGGAGGUCUUUCAGUAGCCGUCCUUGAACGGCGUCACCUCAUCGGUGGAGCAGCCGUUACUGAAGAACUCAUCCAAGGUUUUAAGUUCUCGCGAUGCAGCUACCUCCAAAGCCUCCUCCGUCCCUCCGUCAUCAGGGAGCUAGAAUUAGCGAGACAUGGACUCAAGUUGUUGAAGAGAAGUCCAUCAUCAUUUACGCCGUGUUUGGAUGGACGUUACCUCCUGUUAGGACCUAACAAACAACUUAAUCAUUCUGAGAUUUCCAAGUUCUCAAAACGAGAUGCCGAUGCUUACCACAGGUAUGAGGAUCAGCUGGAGAGGUUCUGCAAAUUUAUGGAUCCACUUUUGGAUUCAGCCCCUCCUGAAUUGUUACAAGGUAUUUCAUCUUUCAAUGAUCGUUUAAAGAAUAAAAUACACAACUCAGCCUUUUGGGCUAGAUGUCUGCGGCAGGCCUUCUCAAUGCGGCAAAAAGACAUGGUGGAUUUUACGGACCUUUUACUGUCCCCGGCUUCAAAGGUUUUGAACAACUGGUUUGAGGGAGAUGUUUUGAAAGCAACCCUUGCCACAGAUGCUGUGAUAGGGAGCACGGGUAGUGUCCAUACACCUGGGAGUGGCUAUGUCCUUCUGCAUCAUGUGAUGGGAGAAACCGAUGGUGACCGUGGAAUUUGGUCGUAUGUUGAAGGUGGGAUGGGCUCAGUAUCCAUGGCCAUUGGCAAUGCCGCUAGGGAAGCUGGGGCUUGUAUUUUGACUAGUGCAGAGGUUUCAGAGUUGAUGAUCAAUGAUUCUGGCAGAGUAAAUGGGGUACUGUUAGCUGAUGGGACACAGGUGCAUUCUUCAAUUGUUUUAUCGAAUGCAACACCUUAUAAAACUUUCAUGGAGUUGGUGCCAAAUAAUGUCCUUCAGGAUGAUUUCAUCCUUUCUAUUAAGCACUCUGACUACAGCUCUGGAACUACAAAGAUAAACUUAGCUGUCAAUAAAUUGCCCCAGUUUUCUUGUUGCAAGUUAAGUCAUUCUGAUCCAGGUCCUCAGCAUGUGGGCACCAUACAUAUUGGUUCUGAGAGCAUGGAGGAGAUUGACUCAGCAUGCCAAGAAGCUGUCAAUGGAUUACCAUCUAGGAGGCCAAUUAUUGAAAUGACAAUUCCUUCUGUUCUGGACAAGACUAUUUCUCCACCUGGAAAGCACGUUAUUAACUUGUUUAUUCAAUACACACCUUAUAAGCCAUCGGAUGGCAGCUGGACAGAUGCUGCUUAUAGGGAAUCAUUUGCAAAAAGAUGUUUCACCCUGAUUGAUGAAUACGCCCCUGGCUUCAGCUCAUCAAUAAUUGGAUAUGACAUGCUGACACCACCAGAUCUUGAAAGGGAAAUUGGUUUGACAGGAGGAAAUAUCUUUCAUGGCGCUAUGGGAUUAGAUUCUCUUUUCCUCAUGCGACCUGUAAAAGAAUGGUCAAAUUAUAAGACUCCACUGCAAGGACUGUAUUUGUGUGGUAGUGGGACUCAUCCAGGGGGUGGUGUGAUGGGUGCACCUGGACGCAAUGCUGCACGAAUGGUUCUUCAAGAUUUCAGAAAAUGAUUUAUUUGAUGCUCGUAAGUUGCAGCCGUGGUGCUUCCAAUGUUCAGUCUAUCUUAAUUUAGCACAUUUGUAAUAUCAAAUAAGUGUCUUGUGUAUUAAACAAUCCCUUCUUCACUUUCACCUAU